AAUCGGCUUAUCAGCCAAAAUUUAAAUUUCGAAACUAGAGUUAAUUUGAGUUUUUAUUAUCAUAGUUUAUUUUCUAACAUUAGCUUUUAAAGAGCUAAGGAUACUUGAUAUAAGAGUCCUUACCUAUAAUUUUUUUUUUGUUGCUAAAGCCAACGAUUAAACUGUUAAACUCUAGUGGUUUCUAUGGAGUAUCAAGUACAAAGCAGAACCACUAGUUGGAGUGCAGCUAAAGCUAGGGAAAUCAAUGGUGAUCCUCUAAACUGAAUGUAUUUUUAAGGCACUAAACAUUGUGGAUUAAUUACCUCCCUACAUGUGAAACUGUCUUCCUCCUAUUUAUAGACUGUUAAAUCUCCGAUGUUCUCUCAUCCCAUAGCUAUAUAAGCAGAAAUGUCAACAUUAUGUCACGGAUUAAUCGUAGUCAGUGAUAGAGAAAUAUAUAUGAAGGUUUUCACAGGGAAGUUGGUCUUUUUCUUGGCCAUUAUCCUCUUCGAAGGAUGCUUGGUCAGAUCUCAAAGUGUUCCAUAUGACUACUCAGCAAACAUUGAGUGCGUGAAGGAGCCGGAGAAGCCUCUGUACGGCGGCGGUAUCCUGAAGGAGACCGAGGCUAAGGGGUAUGCCAGCGGCAAGAAGCUUCUGUCGGAGAAUAGCAAGAGCGCCGCUCCGGUGAAGGGCUCCGCCCUCAAGGUCGACCUCAAGAAGGACCACCACUACGCCUUGUCCGUGUGGCUGCAGCUCUCCAAGGGGGAAGGCGACAUCAGGGCCGUGCUGGUGACCCCCGACGGCAAGUUCAACACCGCCGGCAUGAUCGCGGCCAAGUGCGGCUGCUGGACCAUGCUCAAGGGCGGCGCCACCUCCUACGACGACGGCAAGGGCGACAUCUUCUUCGAGACCAACGUGACGGCGGAGGUGAUGGCGGAAGGGAUGGCGCUGCAGCCCUUCAGCUUCGACGAAUGGAAGGGCCAUCGCGCGGAGUCCGUCAAGAAGGAGAGGAUGAAGAAGGUGAAGAUCACGGUGGUGGGCCCCGACGGCAAGCCGGUGCCGGAAGCGGACGUGAGCCUGGAGCGGGUGGGGAAGGGGUUCCCGCUGGGGAACGCGAUGACCAAGGAGAUCCUGGACAUGCCGGAGUACGAGAAGUGGUUCGCGGCGCGGUUCCGGUACGCGACCCUGGAGAACGAGAUGAAGUGGUACAGCACGGAGUUCCACCAGAACGAGGAGGACUACAAGGUUUCGGACAAGAUGGUGGAGCUCGCGGAGAAGCACAACAUCACGCUGCGCGGCCACAACGUGUUCUGGGACGACCAGGACAAGCAGAUGGACUGGGUGGAGAAGCUGGGCGUGCCGGAGCUCAAGGAGGCCAUGGCGAAGCGGCUCAAGGACAUCGUCACCCGCUACGCCGGCAAGGUGAUCCACUGGGACGUCGUCAACGAGAACCUCCACUUCAACUUCUUCGAGGGCAAGCUCGGCAAGGACGCGUCGGCGGAGAUCUUCAGGGACGUGGCCAAGCUCGACAGCAAGCCCAUCCUCUUCAUGAACGAGUUCAACACCAUCGAGGAGCCCAACGACGCGGCGCCGCUGCCGACCAAGUACGUGGCCAAGCUCAAGCAGAUCCGCGAGUUCCCGGGCAACGCCGACCUCAAGUACGGCAUCGGCCUCGAGAGCCACUUCGCCGCGCCGAACAUCCCCUACAUGCGUGGCUCCAUCGACACGCUGGCGCAGGCCAAGGUGCCCAUCUGGCUCACCGAGGUGGACGUCAAGCCCUGCAAGAACCAGGUGGAGUACCUGGAUGAGGUGAUGCGCGAAGGGUUCGCGCACCCGGCCGUCAAGGGCAUCGUGCUCUGGGGGGCGUGGCACGCCAAGGGAUGCUACGUCAUGUGCUUCACAGACAACAGCUUCAAGAACCUCCCGUCGGCGACGCCAUCGACAAGCUCCUCAAGGAGUGGACGGCCGGCCACACCGGCAAGACCGACUCCAAGGGCGUCCUCGAGGUGGAGAUCUUCCACGGCGAGUACAAUGCCACCGUCAAGCACAAGGAGUUCAAGGAGAACUGCAUGACCCUCGACCUCGACUCCAAGGCAGAGGCCAAAAUCGAGCUCAGAUCCGGUACGUACUAAUUAAUAUGAUAUGAUUUAGUUUGAAUUGUAGGAGCGCCCUAGACUUUGCUGCCCACUGGAUCAGCAGUCGUUUCCUUGGUCACAAUGUUGCUAUUUUUUCUAGUUCUAGGCUAAUUGCAUUGUCACUUCAUUUCCUUCCAUUUUUUUUAGUGAUUCUAGUAACUUUUUUAUAUAUAUACGUAGAUCCAAUGCUUACAUUUCAUUUGUAACUUGUAAGGACUCUGUGAUGAGAGAAUUUAAUCAGCACGGUACAUAGUUCUCAUAAAAACUUUCCUUGUCUACCAUCCUUUAAUAAAGGGAAAAAAAAGGUCGCCUGCUUCCAUUUUA